AUGCGAUACACACCCAAAGAGGUACGUCGUGAUAGCGACAAAAAACAAGCGCUACUAUCGAUCGAGGACCCGUUGCUGAUAACUAAUGAAGUCGGUCGCUCAUCAUUUAACUAUGCACUGGUUCGAUCUGCAUUUGAGCAAGCCCUACAGAUUCUCAAGGGCGUCUUCAUUCGUGAUCGGCGUUGUGGCGUCGAUUGGCAGCGUUUCUAUAAAGGAAGUAUGAUGUCGUUGAUUAUGCCGUUCACCCAGGAACAGCUACAAUAUAGGAAUUGGCUGAAGAGUUUCGUCCUCGAAUAUAAAGAACCAGAGCUGCCACCGUCGACGGUGGUGUGCAAUACACUGCUUGCACCGUCGAUCGAUUUGGCAAAGUGUGCUCUACAGCAGUACAUUAUGUCAUUGCCCCGCAGUUCGAGGCCACUGGAGAUUGUAGAUCCACGAGAUCUGGAACGAAUGUCGACGACAACGACGGCCACAUCACCAUCACACGAGAACGGCAGUGAGAUGACGUGCACGUCGAGUUCGGCUUCAGACGCUGCUGGCCCCGUCGUCAAUGGACCAAUUGACGAAACGGAUCGUUCAGCGACGGCCUCGGUGAAGAGUGACUCGUCAGAAGCUGUCAUUGAAAAGGUUGGAAAUCUCACUAAUGGCAAUGCGAAGAAUAGCGAAAACGUGACCGCAAAAGAAGGGCACAGAAAUGGUGAAAAGCCGGCAACACUGGCUGCCAUUGUUGCCGGUACGACAGGUCGCUCAAAGCCCAAGCAGCUUAUCGACGACAUUGACAAAAAGAACGGCAAUUCCCCUGCGACAAAGGAUCGCACACCGUCACCAAGCGAGAACAAGACGCCCCCCUUGACAAGCGCAAAAACAGCACAGCCAGUCAGCCAUCAUGCCCCACCCAGCUCCCAUGGCCGUGUUUUCCAUAACCAGCAGUACUACAAGACCGAGCGGGCUGCGUCACUGUCGCGGGACGGCGCCUCUGGGCGCGGUACGAGACCUCUGGUUACUGGUGGUAAUAGUAUGCGUCGUAAGCCUGUCGUUACUCAUUCACCGACCGGCGGCACAGCAUCCCCUGCCCCUCAUCCUCAGUCAAACUUUGUCAACGGUACACUAAGAAGCUCACGAAGCGGACCUGCAUCUCGCAAAGCGUAUCCGACGACCUACUAUAAACGGAAUGGCGAGCGUGUCCAAGCGGCACGACGCGACACAACACCACGGCUCGCGUCCGACGAUGGUGGUGAGUCGAGUGAACGUGAUUCGGUGAAGAAUGACGGCUAUCAGACGGUUCGCUCACGAAAUCGACCACGCCAUAAUGCGGUUUGGUGUCGAAUUGCAUGUGUACGCCGUAAAGGCAUUCGCCAAUCGGCGGCACACGGCCUCUGCGACACGCCCUCCUCGUUUUCAACCCAAUUUCUAUCCCAAAUUUCCUGCGUUCCAACAUGGAAUAUGUGGUUUAAUAAGGUUGAUGCUUAG